AUGGUCAACGGCUCGGCUGUCCGGGCCGCUGCUCCUCGUGGAAAGGUGCCGUGGACUUGCCUCCUGGCAUCUGCAUGUGCCAGGCUUACGUUUGACGCCGAGUUCCGCCGCUUUGCCAUGAAGCGCUCCAGCGCGGGCGGCUUCCAGGAGUUCUACCGGCUGAUCCAGACAGUCCAUCAGAUCCCUUGCGUGGACGUGCUGCUGGGGUACACGGACGUUCACGGGGACUUGCUGCCCAUCAACAACGACGACAACUACCACAAGGCCCUCUCCUCGGCCAACCCGCUGCUCCGCAUCAUCAUCCAGAAGAGGGCAAGCCCGCAGCUGCUGAUCGGCCUGCCCCAGGACUUCCGGCAGAUCUCCUCCAUCAUCGACGUGGACAUCCUGCCCGAGACGCACCGGCGCGUCCGGCUGCACAAGCACGGCUCCGACAAGCCGCUGGGUUUCUACAUCCGCGACGGCGUGAGCGUGCGCGUGGCCCCGCAGGGCGUGGAGAAGGUGCCCGGGAUCUUCAUCUCCCGCCUGGUGAAGGGCGGGCUGGCUGAGAGCACGGGGCUGCUGGCCAUCAGCGAUGAGAUCCUGGAGGUGAAUGGCAUCUAUGUGGCCGGCAAGUCGCUGGACCAGGUGACGGACAUGAUGGUGGCCAACAGCCACAACCCCAUCGGCCUGGGUAUCUCCUCAGAGUGA